GUACCGCGUCUGCCUGCUUUCUUAGUCUCCUCCUAAAUCCUCGAAACUAUGGCUGAAGAUAUUGUUCUACCUAUUCCCAACCUCAACCUUUCCCAGCAAUAUUUCACCCUGUCGACGCCCUCCCUGUCCCAUCUACAUGAAACGGCACGCAAGGAGCUGCUGGAAGGCAUCAAAGCCGACCAAAUGGCUCCAUACUACCGGAUAGUCACCUCGACAUCCGCAUUACCACUGGACCAGUCUCUUCUCGACUCGAUGGAGAAGGCGAACAAGGAGGAGCUCGAGAAGCUCGACGAGCGAUUAGCGGAGGCGGAGAAGACGGAGGGCGAGACGGAAAUCUCGGACGUGCUACGCGCGCGCGCCAACUACUUUACCCGGAUCGGUGACAAGGACCGUGCGGUGGAGGCGCAGAACCUUGCACUAGAAAAGACUCCCGGUUUAGGUUCGCGGAUAGACAUCGCCCUCACUCUUGUCCGGAUAGGUUUCUUCUUCGGCGACUACCAACUCAUCACGUCCAACCUCACGAAAGCCGAAGAAUUGACUGAGAAGGGUGGCGAUUGGGACCGCCGAAACCGUCUCAAGGUCUACCAGGGCCUCCACCUACUAUCAAUUCGCCAAUUCAAACGCGGUGGAGAGCUCUUCAUUGACGCACUCUCGACGUUCACUGCGACGGAAUUGCUCAGUUAUAACGACUUUGUGGCAUUGACGGUCGUGGCAAAUACGCUGACGCUGAAGCGGCCUGAUCUGAAGAAGAAGAUUAUCGGCGCACCAGAGGUUAUCGGCGUCCUGCCCGAGCUACCCAUUCUCGCCGACCUCACAAAGAACCUCUACGAAUGCCACUACGACAAGUUCUUCCUCGCCCUAGCAACGGUCGAACAAACAUACCUCCGUCCCUCGCGCCUCCUCUCCCCCCACACCCGGUACUACGUCCGGGAAAUGCGGAUACUAGCGUACAACCAGCUGCUCGAGUCGUACCGCAGCCUCACGCUCGAGAGCCUCGCCGCCGCGUUCGGUGUCAGCGUGGAGUUUGUGGACAAUGAGCUGUCGAGAUUCAUCGCGUCCGGCAGGCUACACUGCACAAUCGACAAGGUGCACGGUGUUGUGGAGACCAACCGGCCAUCCGUGAAGACGUCGCAGUACGAGACCGUGGUCAGGCAGGGUGACAUCCUGCUCAACGCAGUCCAACGGCUGAGCAAAGUCUUGUACUGAGCGUGGGCGGCUUUGUGGGUCGAGCAGGGCGUGUCGCGGCUAUGAAACCGAUCAUGACCGUGACCGAGGUGGGCGGCGGUCUAAGUCGUCGGUGUGGAGGCUUUUCGAGGUAAUUAGACUUGCAUGACCUCGGCGCGUGUCUGCACUGCGAGCGUCCCGAUGAUCCCACCAGGCGGUUUGGGCCUGGUAGAAGAAGAAUAUAUUCAUAUUUCGUAGUGCCAAUGAUGUUAGACAAAAGACAAUAUAUUCUACGAAACCUGAGAAAUU